AUGAAAAAAGCAUUAGCAAACGGGAUUGAGGUAGGCACGGAGAAGUCGUUAAUCAUGGUUAACAACAUGAUCAACAUCAGUAACCUGAUGGUUCUCUUUGCUAUUGGUCGCAGUCCAAGACUUCGAAGUAUGACGAACGUGUUCCUCGCAAAUCUUGCCGUCGCCGACUUUUUCAUUGGAAUAUUCUGCGUUCUUCCAAACCUUUCCACGUUCAUACAGCCUACAUGGCUUCUUGGAAGGGCAAUGUGUAAUAUAUACUACUAUAUAUGGAACGUCUGUUACAUCGCUAGCAUCAGCAUACUGACCGUUAUAGCCAUCGAAAGAUAUCUUGUCAUCUUGCAUCCUCUUAAUGCCAGAAAUAUCUUGACUCGCAAUCGGCUUACGUGCGUCCAGGUCGGUAUUUGGUUAUCCGCCUUGAUAUACAACAUUCCAUAUUUAGUAUUGUAUGACUUACUAACAGUUGGAGAGUAUAGUUUUUGCUAUGCGACAAUGGAGAACGAUAGGCAUCUAAAAUGGUUGAGUUUAGCUAAUAUUAUUGUGUGGUACUGUACACCUCUCCUGUUAAUAGCGGCGUUGUAUUACAGAGUGGCAAGGGUAUUGUGGAAAACAACGGUUAUAUCCGCUUUAAGACUGAAAUCAAAUACAGACCAUUGUAUGACGGCAACAUCAUCCAUCAAACUCUCACCACAAUCGUCCUACGAUCAAUGUAACGAUGUGGAUAACACAGAGGACAGGGUUAUUGUACGUAGCGGGUUCAACAAUGAUAGCGUUCGUUCUCAUAGACCCAACAUGUACAGGUCUGCGUUUAUGACUAGUACAAAACGUGUUGCCAAGGCAAGAAGAAAAGUGAUACGUCUGCUUAUGCUUGUGGUGAUAACAUUCGCAUUUUGUGUUUUUCCGCAUAUGUUGAAGGUUUUAGAUCAUUAUUGGUCUUUUCUAAAGCUUUCUCAACAAACCAUGCUCAUGCUUUCACCUAUUUGUUUUAUCGUUUUGUACUUAAACUCUGCUUUGAAUCCAUUCUUAUAUGCCAUGUUUUCUGCAAAUUUUAGAAGAAGUUUUAACGAAUCAGUGUCUUGUUGCAAAAUAUGAAGAACACAUUUAGAAAAAAACACGCGUUUAGCUUCUACAUUGGGAUACAUAAACUUCAUGCAUGAUUUUCUCAUGUUGCUGGAUGUGUUUUUUCUUUCGAAUAUGUAUUUUAUA